AUGGCGGCCGUGCCCGGCACCAAGAUGGCGGCCGCUACCGUGCGCGGAGGGUAUUGCCCAAUACAAAGAUGGCGGCCAGGGAAGCUCGCUGGCUUCGCGCUUGGGGGGGAGCGCGGCUCUGACGUCAUCUCUCCGCGACGCGGCGGGCCCGCGUGGAUCAUGGACGGGGAGAACGGGGGCGCCCCGCCAUCGGGACCGGGAGCGAUCCCCGGGGAGCCCAGCGGGGCCGCCUCCGCUCCGGCUCCGGCCGCGGCUCGGCGGCGGCGGAAAGGCGGCAAGAAGCGGCAGGAGGCGGUGGUGGCCAUCCCGCGGGGCAAGCCCAAGUCGGGACGGGUGUGGAAGGAUCCCGGGAAGAAGAGGUUCUCCCACAUGAUCCAGGACAAGGCGCUCCGCACAUCCUGGGCACGGAAAAUGAAGGAGAGGCAGGAGAGGAAGAUGGUCCAGGAGCUGGCACGGCAGCUGGAGGAGGCGAAGCAGAGGGAGAAAGAGGAAAAGAAGCGGCGGCGGGAGGAAAACCUGAAGCGGCGCCUGGAAAACGAGCGGAAAGCCGAGAUCGUCCAAGUGAUCCGGAACCCCCUGAAGCUCAAGAGGGCCAAGAAGAAGCAGCUGAGGCGGGUGGAGAAGCGGGACACGCUGGCCCUGCUCCAGAAGACGCCCGUGAAGCGCGGCACAGCCACGGAAUGAGGCGGGAGUCGGGAUACUGCCGCAGCCGGGGUUCCUGUGCCUCCUGCUCCUUUCCAGGAGUUUUUCCCUCAGCUCGCCAGGCAGGAAUCGCUGCCAGGACCCCCUCAGUGUUGGACAGACAACGGGACAGAGCUGAGGGGGUGUGUUCCACAGGAACCGGCUGCUGGAUCCCCCAGUUCCUGCGGAAUCGGGAUGCGGCCGGUGCCAGAGGCUGGAACAGAACUUUGCUUUCCCAAAUUUGCCUUUUCCUGAUAAAAAUGAGUAGGAACUGAA